AACUCCACCUGUCCGUCCCUUUCUCCUGUAGGUGGUGACGGAAUACGCAUCACACGGGUAGACGUGCCGCAGACCAUGGAGGUGGGCGGCGAGGGGCAACUCUUCUGUUCGUGGGAGGAGGACACGGACAAGAUGUACUCGAUCAAGUGGUACCAGGGAGCGCAGGAGUUCUACAGAUUCACCCCCAACGCCAGAGACCAAGUGCAGAUAUUCGAUCCCGUUAACCUGGAUGUGGAUCGAGCCAAGUCCCGUGAAGGCAACGUGUGGAUCGCUAACGUGAGUCUGGAUGCUGAGGGACUUUACCAUUGCGAGGUGUCCGCUGACGGGCCCACCUUCCACACCGCCUCAGACUCCGCCCAGCUGACCGUUGUGGAUCUACCUGACGGCGCACCUGUCAUCUCGGGCGUCAGGAGUCAGUACUUACCUGGGGACUGGGUGGACCUUACCUGCACCUCCGCCAAGUCCAAGCCAGCAGCCAUCCUUAACUUCACCGUCAACACAAACCCUGCCCCGACAGGAUGGCUGGAAACACAGGUGGACAAGGAGGAUGAUGACAGACUUUUCACGUCCAAGCUGCGCCUCCGCUUCUCCCUGCUGCCGAACUUGCUGGAGGAGGAGGCAGGGAGUCUGAAGGUGCGCUGUACGGCCGAAAUCCCCGGCGUGUAUCUGCAGAUUGCUCAAGACGUGCUGACGACGAGGCCGCCCUAUCAAGCUCCGGUCCUGGGCUCUUCGGCUCCUGCGGGCCCACGCUGUUAUUUGGCCACGCUUCUGCUGUUGCUGCUACUGCUACUUCUGCUGCCGUGGCCAGCGACGCCGCACCUCCACCACCACCACCACCACCUCUGAAACACCACCACCACCACCACCACCACAACCAUCACCUGUUCCCUACCCUUCACCACCUCGCUCCUCAAGUCUUCGUCAGCAUCUACCAGCAACAGAAAUAACAGUAACAAGAACUACUACCACUACUACUACUACUACUACUACUACUACUACUACUACUACUACUACCACUACUACUACUACUACUACUUUAACAUGCUGCUGCUGGUUCCUACGUAUACAGUGAUGGGAAUGAAGGGAAAAAUAGUGUGUAUAUUGAAACGUUUUGAAAUAUGUAUAAAAUGUAACAUGACACACAGCCUCCUCCUCCGCCCACGCCUCCACAACCUCCCUCCUCCUCCCGUAGCAACAGACUGGAGGUGAACCGGGCGAUGAAACAUUAUUGGAACGCGACGAAAAGAACGUGAAUAGUUGUCAACAUGGAAUCAAAGCAGACAGGAGGUGAGCUGGAAGAGGGAACAUUGUCAUUACUACCGAAAAUUGUAGAAAAAUCGAAAAUUGUCAGGCAGGAAUCACAGCAAAGAGAGGUGAGCUGGACGGUGAAAUAUAAGAACGCGACGAAAAGAGGUGAAAAUUAUCAAAAAGGAAUCACAACAGACAGCGGAUUUUAUUUUUCCUUUGUUUUGUGCCCUUGAUCUGUUUCCUUUACUGUAAAAAAAAUAGGAGGUAAGCCGGACGAUGAAGCAUAAUAAUUGGAACUUGAAGAAAAAGUGAAAAAUGUCAAAAAAAGGAAUCGCGUGUAAAUGCGUUUGUUAUUUAUAUAUUGCUUCUCUCUCUCUCUCUCUCUCUCUCUCUCUCUCUCUCUCUCUCUCUCUCUCUCUCUCUCUCUCUCUCUCAAAA